ACCCAACGUACCCAGGCUAUGUCUGUCGAUGUGGGUCUCAUUCAGAUUUGCCUGCUGGAGAGAAGGAUGCUCCUAUAAUCUUGUAAGCAUGUUUCUGGAGGAUGGUUACCACAGGAUAUUUUUGUGCAGAGAUUCUAUCCUUCUUAUAACUCUGUUAUUAAGCGGAUGCCUGUGUUUGUCUCAGCUGGCGUUUUAUGGAGAACAGAGAACAUGGAAUGAGGCAUACAGCAUUUGUGUCCAACAUGGAGGACUGUUAGUGUCUGUGAAUUCUAGUGAAAUGUAUGAUAUGAUGGGAGAUUUUUCAAAAGGUAGUCCAUGGAAAACAGCAACAGGAAUAAAUGAACCUUUGUGGAUUGGUAUUCAUGCCACUGAUUCUCAGGGACAAUCUCUGGAAUGGGCCGACUGUGUCCCAACAACAUGGACACAGUGGCAUCCAAGUGAACCCAAGUCCCCUGAUAUCUAUCAGUGCGCCUACCUCAAAAGUUUCACGACUAAUAUGUGGAUGGACAUCUGCAGUGAAACAAAGAACUUCAUUUGCGAAAACAUUGAUUCGGGUGCAUGUUCGUCUCCAUUAGUAUCUUGCUAUGAAGCAACACUUGGUCAAACAGGCACAGUCGUUAGCAGUAAUACCGACAGUAGGCCUACAUCGCCAUGUGUUAACUUUACGGACACAAAUACAACACUGGAUCCCAGUGACCAAAUAAGCUCAACUAAUUCCCAAUAUCAGAGUUCUGAAAUUACAACGAAUAAUGCGUCGCCUGCUGAGUCUCAUACUUUAUCGCCAGAAACCACCACAUCACAAUCAGUUAUGAUGUCUCAAUCACUCUCUACAUCACAAUCAGUUAUGACGUCCCAACCACUUUCCACACCACAAUCAGUUAUGACGUCUCAAUCACUCUCAACAUCACAAUCAGUUAUGACGUCACAACGACUUCCCACAUCACAAUCAGUUAUGACGUCACAGCCACUCCCCACAUCACAAUCAGUUAUGACGUCACAAUCCCUUUCUUCGCCACAAUCUGUCACCACGACAAAACCCCAAUCCACGUCUCUUUCAACGGAAACAUAUACAGAAUCGCAAACUGACUGCGAGAUAUCAGCGACGGCAUCAUCAACGAAAACAACUAACUGUGUGACGUCAUCUACAGCUUAUACAUCAACUGUUGGAGAAUGUCUUUGUACGUGCACAGAUGAUGGCGUCAAUUUGACAAUGGCUAUUUUACAAAGUAGAAUUGAAACCAGAAAAAAACUUUUAACCGUUAACAAAUCAUCACUUUCUAGCACGAUUCGCAAAAAGGAGAGUGCUAACGACUCACGACCAAGCGCUAAGGGUAUAGGUGCUGUUGGAGUGUUGUUCAUUGUUUUUGUGUUUGGAGGAAUAGUUUUCAUGGACCUUCACAGUUUAUACUUGUUUAUUUCAAAACAUUAUCGAAGAAAAAAAAGAUUGGCAAAAAAGGACCAUUCAAAUGAAAUCGUUCAUUGCUAUUCACAAAAUGUGAAAAUUAAGUUAAAAAAGACCACGCAUACUUGAAAGAGUGGAAUUGAUUUUUCAGUAUAAUAUACAAUUUACCUUCCAUCCAUAUGUAGUUGCGCAUUAUAACUUUCAUACAUUGUACCAGGUACCUUUUUUACAUUUCACAUGAUCAUCAUUAGUAUCAUCAAUCAUCAGCAUUGUUAAACUUGUUAUAGAAUUUGCACAAAUAGGAUAUUUUUAACAUUGAACUGUACUACUGAUUACACACAUUCUUCUAAAGUACAAAGCAUUCGAAUGCCACUAUUGAAGGGGAUAGCGAACAUAUUUUAGAACAAUGCUUCCCAUUGUAUACAGGGAUGCAGUGAUUUGUAUGUUAUACAAUGUCUUCUUGUUUCCCUUUUGAAAACCCCCAGCCACCCUAAGUGAAGCCCUGAUCGUGUUCGAUCGAUAGUAAGUAGACCAGAUAGGUUGGUAUAAAUGGCACGCUAUCUCUAUGACGUAAGUAGUCAUAUAUUUCACAAAUCGGUCGUUUUAUUUCGAAAUAUUAUGUGUUCGGUAAAUGCUUAUGGAACAAAAGGGUUUAAUGAGCCCUUACAAGACAUUACGAGUCGAGUUGAUGGUUUGAUGCAUUCUCAUACACUACUUGUGACAUGGUUUCAGUGAAACAAUGCCUACGCCUGUGUGCGCAUCUACAGAAUCACUCUACCAGCUAAUGCAUUCAUCCCGGUACAAAUUAUUACCAUUAUUAUAGCAUUAAAUGGUUUUAUAUUGUGUCAUGACACUUAAAAGUUUAAAUUGUUAUUCCAUGUUUUCGUAUUUUAUAUUCAAAAGAACAAAAAACUACAUGCAUAAAUUUCGAAGAUGUUAAUUUUACAUUUUCUAGAAUCACUUUAUUUAAGAACACAUUUACGCUUAUUUGAAAAAGGAAGGAGACUAGAUAAAACCUAAUGUCACUGAAUUUCUUUAUGGUAAACAAUAUUCCAAAUUCCAGCAUCAUAUAUUUUAUAUAUUUUUUAGUGUAUAUCUCAAACUAUAAGGUCUAUAACAGUCGUGAUAAAAUAGUUUUGAUUUAUAUUUAGGUAAGGUCGGUUUCUUUUUUUUUUAAGUUAACCAAAAUAAAAGAUGAAUUAUAAAGUUUAUUUUUUUUUAAAAUUUAACAAACGAUUUGUAAGAGCGAUGAUGACUUUAUUAAGCUUUGCUUUGUCAUAAUCAAUCAAUUAUAGUGUGAAGUAUAGCCUUAGGUUAGAACUAUAGGUAUUACCUUGAUUGCGCAAUCUCUUUUUACAGAAUGAUAGGAAGUAAAAUGCAAUGUGUCCCUACAUUACUAAAAUUGUUAUUCUACGUACGCUACUGUAACAUAUCUUAUUGACAAUUAUGCUAAAGUACUAGCUCGCUGCACAUCUUAUAACGCUAUAGUAUUGUACAUGAAUUAACAAUAAACUUAUAUUGGACAGUAUAACCGACAUAAAUAUCUUACUUUUAAUAAAUAUCGAUAGAUUGUCAAAUCUGAAAGAUAACUUAUAAUAAGCUCUUCUGUACACAAACUCUUUCUUCUGUUAAAAUUUUGUUAUUAUAUUCACUUUUAUAUUUCACUUAUUAUUGAAAUGCUGUAAUAAAUGUUGAAGAAAAUCUGCAUAAAAAUUAUUUAAUUUGUUGUUUUUGA